UCCGGGUAAAGGUAGCGGAAAGGUAACGAAAAAAUUUCUGGUGUGCAGAAAGGCGGAUCCCUUUGGCCACUUUGUCUCUCAGAACUUCUGUUUAAUCAGUUUGUGCUUGUUUUUUGUUGACGGGUUGCUAAAUCUAACAAAAGCUGAUAUCUUGUGAAUUAAUUCGGCUUCAUACUUACUGGAGCUCAACGAGCAGAUUCGCAUUGACGAGUAGAAGAGUUUUCUCGAUAGCUAACUUUGACCGCGCUAGCAUUUAACUUGUCAACUGCCCUGCAGCAUAACAGGGAAGGUGCAAACACGGGAAGAUGGCAGAUAAAGAACUCAUGUGGGCAUUGAAGACUGGGGACAUGGAUGAAAUCAAAACUAAACUUGUAACGGCUGAAGAUGUGAACCGGACUCUAGAAGGUGGGAGAAAGCCUCUUCAUUAUGCAGCAGACUUUGGCCAAACGGAUGUGAUGGAGUUCCUUAUUUCUAAGGGCGCCGAUGUCAAUGCCGAAGACAAGCACGGAAUAACUCCACUGCUCUCCGCCUGUUAUGAGGGUCACCUCCCAUGUGUGAAGAUCCUGCUAGAAAAGGGAGCUGACAAAGACCGGAAAGGACCGGAUGGCAAUAGUGCCUGUGAAGCUGCCCAAAGCGAUGCCAUGAAGGCUCUGUUGAAGUGAGGCAAAGGCGUGUGGAAGGUGGCUGGACGGGUGGGUGAAAGGCCACCCAGCCGGACGCAGUGGUCCCCCCAGCAGAAGACGGACUCACCGCCUGUACCCCGAUCAGCCUCUGUCUUAGCACUGCUUUUGUCUGUCGAAGGUCCAUUUUGUCUGCCUGGUGACUUUUUUUUUUUUCCCCUAAAAUAUUUGUUCCGUUUUUUGUUUUUUUUAAUCCUAUCCCAAAAACUGAGUCUCAUCCCAUGUUUUUGGGAUAGGAUUCUCUCUUCCUAUGGCCUCCGUCUGUAGCCAUUUCUUGAAAAGGUCUCACUAUGUCUCCCUUAGGGACCAAAUUCUGGGGGAGUGUUGUUAAUCCAGAACCCUAAAAACACUGUUUAGACUAGAAAUCUGAUUCUUUAACCUAGACGCAAGCUCGGCACUUAAACACACACCUUAUUUUCCUUUGUCUCUUUAAACUGUAAAGAAAUCAAGUGGUAAUAGAUCAAUGCUGUGUUAAUAUUUUUUACAACUUCAAGUAUUGUAUGAGCAGGGCUUAAUCUCAUGAACAGUAAUUGCACUGUGCUGUACUACAUAGAAUAAAAAAUGUUAUAGUUUUCUCUGAUACAUCUUUAAUCCUGUGUGGCCUCUUCCUUUUUCUUUUUCUUUUUUUGGUUUUGUUUGCUAUACUAAACGCCCUCAAAUCCCAUCUUUAAAGGUUUGAGAAUGUCGGGUUUGAAAACCGAGGUCAAUUUUCUUUUUUUUUUCUUUUAUUUGUGCCCGGCCCCACAUCACUCGCAUAUCGAAUGAUGGUUGGAUAAUUUCACAUUGAUAAUGCAUUUACGGUAUUAUGUAUUCUUUAACCAAUCACCAUGCUGGCUAACUAGAAAGACUUGAAUGUUACCAUUUUAAAAUCCGUUUCUGAAUCCCUUUUGAAGCAAUGCUAACGGCACAUAAUAGGAUUAAAACUUUUAGAAAUUAAUUUGUUUCGUCCCCUCGAGUGAGUUUUCAGAGCAAAACUGCUUCUUUCGUUGCAGCUACUUUCUAAAACUUGUUACAGAUGGGCUCAAGGAGUUUUGAAUGGGUAAAUAGUGGCUGGAGAGGAAACCCGAUCACAGAGGCUGUUGUUAUUCUCCUUGCCUUGGAUUUGGUUGGACACCCUACCUGUUUCGCUGCAUGUCAAAACUGCCUCUGCUUUUAUGCUAUGAAAUGAUUACUGUGUCCUCUCUUGGUUGCUUUCAAAUGACUUACUACUAUGUAAUGGACAUAAAUCUCUCUCGCUGACUUUGUUGUGACAAAAGUCUGUUUAAAAAAAAUAAUAAAAAUGACAAAAACAAAUAAAACGUCUACAAAA